AUGCAAUAAUAUUCACCAAGAGCAAUUAUUUGGAUGACAUAUCUCAAUUAUUUACCCCAAGAUCAAACUCAAUAAUUGUCAUUCCUUAAAAAAUAAUAACAGCUCUACUAUUCUUAUUUGGAUGAGUUCAUUCAGAAUGAACUCUUAGAGAUUUUCAAUAUUUUGAAUAAUAUAGACUCCGAUCAGAAUUCUCUCUGUUUUAGUUCAUUUCAGACCAUUAAAGCCCAAGUCGUCAAUUCAUGUAUGGAUUAUAAUGAAUAUAUCCAAAACGAACAGUUAUUUGAAAUAAUUGAAAAAGAUGUUCCUCGUACUUCCUCGAAAUAAUCAAUUAUGAAGGAACAAACCAACACCAGAUUCUAAUAGUACUUUUUUACUGACUCUUAUAAACGAAGAAAAUAACAAAAUGAUGAUGUUGCAACUCAUUAAGAUAUUCUCAUAAGAAUUUUAUAUAUUUAUGGCAAACUUAACCCAGCCAUUAAAUAUAUGUAGGGAAUGAGUGAUUUACUUGCCCCAUUAUAUUUGAUCAUUAAAAAUGAAGCAGACACAUUCUUUUGUUUUACUAAAAUCAUGGCUCAACUUAAAGAUGCAUACAUUUCCACUCUUGAUUUUACUAGCACUGGAAUAAGGGGACUACUCUUAAAAUUUGAAACUCAAUUCAAAUAAAGAGAGCCAACUUUAUACAAGUAUUUGCAAAAUCUUGGAAUUCAUCCUUAUAUGUAUGGUUAUAGGUGGAUUAUCACUUGUAUGUCCCGCGAGUUCUCUUUAGAUUAAAUCUAUUAAAUAUGGGAUCUAAUGUUGCAUAAUCGUAAUAUGCACGAUUUCAUUAUUAAAUUUGCCAUUGCCAUUCUUAAAUAUUUGAAGCCCUAGUUAAUUGAAGCUGACUUUAAAUUGGCUUUUGAUAUUCUGACAUAUAGUGAAAAAGAUGUUAAUCAAAUUCUCAAUUUUAUGUGA